UGGUCGCGUUUGUACGGCCAAAGCCCAUUCCUCCGGUACAGAGGCGGGAACUCCACAGACGCUAGGGUGUCCACGCCUACCCUCCCUCUCGCACCCACCGACGACCACGUCUUCAGCGCCAGAGAACGCCAUUCGCUGGACAGUUACGCCCGUGGCGGGCGGUUGACAGAUCGGCGGCACAGACGCGGCUUCAGAACGUCUUUCCCUCUCUGGGGGACCUGCGAUGGUUCAGUAACGACCUGGUGCGUUGCUCGUCGGCGUCACUUGACGAUGGACAAGCAGAGGCUGCAGGACCCCAGGGGCAGCAGAACGUCCUUCCUCAUCGAGGACAUCCUCUUCAGGCCCAAGGCGACUCUCCCGCAGGUGGGCAGCAUGGGCCCGACGCUGAGCCGCGGCGCGGGGGUGAUGGACCCCGGCUACCCUCUGCUGCCGGCAGCCUACCUGCACCCACACCCGUACCUGCACAAGGCCGAGCCCUUCUUCCUCACCCCAGGAGGCAUGCCGUUCGGGCCGCUGCUGGCGGGCAGUGCUGGUGCGGCGGCGGCGGAGCUGUCUGCCAAGCACUGCCGGCGGCGCAAGGCGCGCACCGUCUUCUCGGACCAGCAGCUGACCGGCCUGGAGAAGCGGUUCGAGGCGCAGCGCUACCUCUCCACGCCGGAGCGCGUCGAGCUGGCCAACGCCCUCAACCUCUCCGAGACACAGGUGAAGACGUGGUUCCAGAACCGGCGCAUGAAACACAAGAAGCAGCUGAGGAAGCUCAGUGAAGAAGGCAAACAUCCGUCCGGCGAAUCGACCUCUGACGGGCCCGUCGACUUCUCGUCGCGGCCGGCGACGGCGACGGCGCCCCAGCCGUCGCAUCAGCACCACCUGCAGGCGCAGUCGCAGCCGCAGGUGCCGCAGCACGGCACGCCCACGCUCAGCUCGUCCGUGUGCUCGUCCGACGACAGCGAGGACGAGAUCGACAUCGUGGGGCACGGCGGCCGCCUCUCGCCGCCCCCGCCGCCCCCGCAGCUGCCCCUCCCCCACCACCAGCACCAGCAGCCUCUUCCCCUGCCGCCGCCGCCCCCACCACUCGUGUGACCGGCGCCCAUCCGGCCGGGGGGACCCUUCCUGGGCCAAUAGGUGCCGGGCGCUGUCUGCGGCAUGUGGGGAUUCCCAGUGCAGCGGCGGUUCGCGGGGAUUCCCCAGAUGUGAACAGUGACGCACGGGGCGAUGUGCUACUCCAAUGUGUGCCGUCGCAUUCCGUUAUUGGUGCACGAAAUGGAGACAUUAGCAUCCGUUGGACUGCUGCCGGGUCGUUCUCGACGGUAACAGGUUCCCCGCGCAGUGACGUUACGUGGGGAUUCCCCCGACGGGAGCUCUGUUCGCCAAGGACGCCCAGAGGCACUCUGGUGACCCUCCCAGAUGCGACAUCGAACUCUAUCGGUGGUGGGUGAAGUGGAGCACUGAGCAUCGGAUAGACUACUGACGAAUCAUGCUCGGUGAAAAUUGGCGCACUCAGAAUUGUUGUAAAUCUUCUUAUAGUAAAUCGAAGAAAGUCUUGAGAAACAACUGUUGUGGAGUUCGAGUCAGGCACGUGACUCACUAGAUCGGUAAAUCUCGUAACUAUUAAGAUAAUUAUGCGGCUUAGAUUUAUGUUAUGGAAUUACAGGGCCAACUUAUUAGAAUCGGAAGAAACAGUGGUUGCCAUGAAAUUAUGCGACAACUUACAGCCAGAUUGAUGACGGUUUACAGUCUCAUUUCAGUCAUAUCUUUCCUGAUACAAUCUGCUCUUAGUUCUGUAACCACAGUUUUACGCGAUAUGCUGGCCCCGCACUCAAUUGCAGACGGGCCAUUAGAUGUUUUUCUAUCGCAUACAGUUUCGUUACAGUACACAUAGUUACACACAUAUGUAAUUGGAAUGGGAAAUUAAACUGAACUUUUACUGUCAACUAGAUUCAUAAUGCGACUCUUUCCAUCCAUAUGAAGAUUCCUGCUCAGAAUGUUUGCAGCUACAAUAAACACUUUACUUCCGGGGAAACACUCCAGUUAUUGACUUUUUUAAACAUCGCUGCUGAAAAUGUUACGUGAACACCACAAUAUCCACGCAGCAGUAACUAACACUUAAAGCAGUUUCUCAUUGAAUACUUCCGUGCUGGAUUGCGUCGGUAUGGUCAGAGACGACGACUUCGCUUCUAUCAGUGGAAGAACGAUCUGGACAAUGCAGCCAAUACGACGUUGUUCCUCAGUACUACACGUUGACCGACGCUGGUAGAUGUCAGAAAGUUCUGAGCGAAAGGAGUACCUGGUCCAGCAACACUUCGAUGCAAUGUGAGGCAUUAAACCCUAGUCAUUUUCUCUCGUUCUCAAGUAUCUCGGUUAAUAUACCUGAAUGCGGUUCUUGGUUCAAAUGGUUCUGAGCACUAUGGGACUCAACAUCUGAGGUCAUCAGUUCCCUAGAACUUAGAACUACUUAAACCUAACUAAUGUAAGGACAUGACACACAUCCAUUCCCGAGGCAGGAUUCGAACCUGCGACCGUAGAGGUAGCACGGUUCCAUACUGAAGCGCCUAGAACGAAUGCGGUUCUCUUAGUAUUAACUACCACAUAAUAUUAUUGGAACAGCCAUUAUUUUAUAAAACUCGAUUCCAUAUUGUUACAAAACUUACCUUCGUAUCCUUGGUGGAUUCUGAGGCAGAUCAGGCAGUCUACCUUCUCCAACUUUCCCACCAUGCUGGUUACAACAGACAUAUGAUGUGGGUGCUUUUAGUGCUUAAGGUUUUAGUAAGAACUUCCUUGAAUGAUACCCGAAUCCUCCAUGCUUUGGAGAUUGGGUAGCAUAUUUUAUUUGGGUCCUCAGUGUUCUUACGCAAAAAGAAGAAGAACCAGAGAAGUUACCACCAUAGUUACGAUAAAUACUAACCAGUUCAACCACUGACACCGAAAUUUCAACUAUAUCCAGAUGUACGAGGCGUGUUUUUUAAGUAAGUAACGUUUUGAAAUUAAAAAAAGACUUGCUAAGAUAUCUCAAUAAUUUUAUUUUUACAUGAAAGCCUGCACCUUUUCUACAUAAUUUCCGUCAAUACUAAGGCACUUGUCAUAACGUUGUACCAGUUUUUAAAACCCUCCUAAUAGAAGGCUGCCGCCUGACUUGUUAACCACUGCAUCACCACUGUUUUGACUUCGUCAUCGUCUUGAAGACGCUGACCGCCCAAGUGUUUCUUCAGGUGCAGGAACAGACGGUAGUCACUGGGCGCAAGAUCGGGGCUGUACGGAGGAUGAUCUAGAGUUUCCCAUCGAAACGAUGUGAAGAGAUCUUUGGUCUGAUUCGCCACAUGUGGACGGGCAUUGUCUUGCAGCUAAACGAUGCCCUUGCUCAAAUUCCAUGGACUGUUGCUUUGAUUCUGGUGUGACGGAGGUCACCCAUGUUUCAUCGCCCGUAACACUUUGGCUUAAGAAAUCCUCACCGUCGUUGUGGUACCGUUCAAGGAAAGUCAAUGCACUGUCAAAACGUUUGGUUUUGUGCACAUCCGUCAACAUUUGCGGUACCCAACGUGCGCACAAUUUUCGGUAAUUCAAGUGCUCGGUCACAAUGCCAUGCAAAACACUACGAGAAACAUUAGGAAAGUCAUCCCGCAAGGAGGAAAUCGUAAAGCGUUGUUUUCUCUCACCUUAUUGUCCACUUCCUGCACCAUAUUUUCAUUAACGACCGAAGGACGCCCACUCCGUUGUUCACCAUGCACAUUUAUGUGGCCAUCUUUAAAUGCACUCACCAACUUACUUACUAUUCCAUCACUCAUAAUGUUUUCUCCUUAAACUGCACAGAUCUCACGAUGAAUAUCGAUCGCUUUAAGGCCUUUAGCACUAAGAAAUCUUUUAACAGCCCGUAAUUCACAGUCGGCGGGACUCAUGAUUAUCGGAGACAUCUUAAACACUCAUACACAACGUAAACAAGGAAGAAUCAGACUGUAAUGGCGACAGUGCGUAGAUUAAGGUACAGGCUUUCAUGUAAAAAUAAAAUUAUUGAGAUAUCUUAAGAAGUCGUUUUUUUUAAUUUCAAAACGUUACUUACUUAAAAAAAAAACACCUCGUAGAUAUGGCAAACACAGUACAACUGCUUAUAGGUUACAGAUUUAGUUCUCAAUAAGAAAAUCUGUGCUGAAAGUGAUUUUAGAGAUCUAGUUGAAAUGGACGAAAACUAAUAACCUCUGUUAAAAAUGGGAUGCACAAAGUUAUGGAUGGUCUACAAUAUUAAUUUAUUUCGUUCAUCGGUUUUCAGCUUACAAGCUAUCAUCAGACUCUGACUAUUGUCGUCAGAGUACGAUUACGAUACUGUUGAAUAAGACUUCGUAAGACGUUACAAUGGAAACGUGCAAACACAGAGUAAAUGUCUCUGACAAUGUAACAGCAACGAAAUUCAAAACGUUAAACACAUAAAGGAAACAAACCAGAAAAGAAACACUAUCACGAAACAUGGAGAUUGUGUGUAUGUGUGUGUGUGUGUGUGUGUGUGUGUGUGUGUAGAUGAAGUGGAAGAGGAGGUGAACAACAUCGACAAACAAGACUACAUGUAACUGUGGCAAAACAAUAUAGCAGCAUACAUAAAAGUCAAAUUAAAUUGACAAACAUAAUAAAAUUAAUACAAGAGGUUUGAUGAAUAGCUGGAAGAGGUAUUACAUAUGAAAUUUGACGCACAGAUACAAUAAAAGAUACAACUGACAAUUUUAACAGAAAAUACAACUGUCAGUGUUGUAAACAACGUCUCUUAUUGUAGGGAAAAUGUACAUACAACAAAAGAACAGAAUAUAUGGAACACAUAAACAAUCAUAAUUAAAUAAAUGUAGGAAGAAAUGGAGGAAUAGAAUGGAAUUGCCGAUAUGAGAAGAACUGAAGAAAUUUGAAGUGUAAUAGAAGUUUAGAAGAGUGGAAUUACUGAGCUGUGCGUGUUAAUUUAAUAUUAAAUCAGGACUUUUAUUGAUUUCCAGGGCUACCAAAAGUUUUUGCCCUUUGUCUUCUAAGUGGAGAAAUGGCACUGUAGCUGAGAUGUAUGGCCGGCAGUCAGUAUGUACUAAGCAAAUGUGCAGUAGACUCCUGUAACCUCCAGCUGUGUUCAUGUUCAGUAAGCCUAGUUGCUAUAUCUCUGCCUGACUAAUAUAAAACUUAACACAGUGCGGACAAAUGAUUUUAUGUACCUCACUGUUGGUAAUUAAAUGGAUCUUAUCUUUAUUAUUGAAAACGUAUUUGGCUUUGAUGUUCCUCACAUAGUUGGGAAUCUUGAAGUUGCAGGAUUUCAGUAACUUGGUUACACUUUGUGACAGCUGUCCAAAGUAUGGAAGAGUGCACCAGUUACACCACACAUUGCAAGCAACAGCAGAGGUAGCAUAGGGGACGGGUACAAUUUAAUUUAAACUUUUAGAUAGGGGCUGAAUGUGUUUCUUUGCUAAAGAUGACAUUUAUUCUACGUUUGAGUCUCUUCAUGUGUGACAUGUGAUUUAAUAUUAUUGACCAGUAAUGUAGCCUCUUUUGUGACGAUAGUCUAUUGAAGUCUAAUGAUGGUCUUGCAAGCCGUACUUACAGAGCAUACACAGUUUUGUGCAUUUCGUUUAUAAUUAUAAAGUUUUACUAGGAAGAGACGGAAGAAUCAUUUAACAUAAUAUAAUGUACAGCCGCGGAAAGAUAACAAAAGGUCACAUUACGUUAUAAACAUAUACAAAUUUGCCACCAUCGUGGUUCAUUUGUUUAUUUUCCUACUCAGACAUUGUUGGGCUAUACACGAGUUUUUCUCACUUCCUCAGUAGGUGAAGGCUGGCGGAAAUUCUGUAGCUAUACUUGUAGACUGAGAUAUGCUCUUCGGAAAGAGCUAUUUAUCAUGUGACAAGUAGGGUAAUUAUCUCUUUUUACCACGUUUUUAUUAGGUCGCUUUGUUGUCAAUCAAAUUUUGAAAUUGAUUUUAAACUAACUUCCCGAUAAGCUACAGAGGUAAGACUUUCCACAUGGCUCAGAACUGUAUGGCAAUGCAAUGCUGACUGACUUUCUUCUCUGGUGUGUGGCGGAGGGUGGUUUGUGUACCACUGCCAUUUCCCCCUUUUCUGUCCCAGUUGCGAGUGAACAGUGAAAGCUUAAAUCUUGAUUUGAACGCCGCCCGUCCCGCGUUCCAGUCCAGUAGCUUAACUUUGCAAAAAGUAAUUUUGAGGUCCGCAGCUCGUGGUCGUGCGGUAGCGUUCUCGCUUCCCGCGCCCGGGUUCGAUUCCCGGCGGGGUCAGGGAUUUUCUCUGCCUCGUGAUGACUGGGUGUUGUGUCAUGUUCUUAGGUUAGUUAGGUUUAAGUAGUUCUAAGUUCUAGGGGACUGAUGACCAUAGAUGUUAAGUCCCAUAGUGCUCAGAGCCAUUUGAACCAGUAAUUUUGAAAAUCACGUCGUCUCUCUUUCAGUUAUUUUCAGUUCAAAAACCGGAGCACCUUCGUGCCACUCUCGUACUGAGUGAACCAGUCUGUUGCAAACCUAGCAACACGAGACUGCUGAAUUUUUGCCAUCUACAAGCAAUCGAACUUUACUCCACAAGAGUCUUGCUUGUAGAUGCACUACAUUUUCCCACGUCCUUUUCCAUAUGUCGAAGUCAUCCACUUAUCUUACAUAAAACAGGUUUUUCAUGUUUGCUCCCGUUCAAGUCGCCUCGUCACGAUACUCCUCGAUGUCAAAAAGCUCUGCAUCAUAUCACAAACCCUGAACUCUAGAACCGUAGGACAUUUUCUCGUAUUUUCCUGCAACUUACCUCGAACCGCACUGAAGAGCAAGUACCGAUUUUAGCAUUUUAACGAUAGUACACCACCCUUCAUAAAAACGAUUUUCUUUCUUAAUUUAUGUGGCGCACAUAUUUUUCUUCUGUCAGUCUCUUUCGUUGAAAGUACUGAGAAUAGUCUUCCCUUGAGACUCCGGGGAAGAAAGUUAAGGUUAUCUUAUAAUCAUUAUCAACGAUAUUUUGUCAGGUAAAUCUCCCCAGAAGCACAGACGUUUCAAUACGUUUAGUGAAAAUGACAACGACUACCCGAACCUAUCACUAACGGACUAAUGUCCUUAAACGCUAGUGUGUAAAGUGUUCUCCAUAAUAGGCAUACGAACGUUAGAGUUGAGGUUUGUGAAUGCAGAACAAAAGGGAAAAUAUCUUUAAAAUCAAAGGUUGCAUAUGCAAAUAAUUUUUCCACGAGGAGAAAUUCAGAGACCUCAAGUGAGUGCAGAAAACUUCUUUCGAGACCUGUAAGCAAUAUAUUUUUUUUUUAAAAUAUUGCGUCUGCACAUGUAGUUCUAGAAGAGUUAAUAUAAAAUUGGAAGUGCAAGAACAGAAGAGAGCCUCUUCGGGAAUCAGGGUAAAAUGUAUAAUUCAGUGACAUUGUAAAUACAUACAUCGUGUACAUAACUAGAUAACGACUGUCCAAGACAGCAUUGAAUGUGUAUGUAGUGCUAGAAUACUGCGUAGACAAACUGACACGCGUAAGAGUUUAUCUGCAGAGCUUUUAUCAUAACCGCAGUUCAGUAAAGACGUUAAAUGUGAUUUCAUGCAUGUUAACCGCUAAAAAAAACGGCUUUAAUUUCGACUAAGGACAUUUUUUGUAGUCUUGCAGAGUUCUGCUUUGUAAGGAACAUUUCUUUUUGUAGACAAUUAAUAACAAUGAGUUUGUUGACAGUCUCAAGUCACUUGAAUACAUGGAAAUAAUUUACUGUGGACGAAUUUCACGACUGAACACGUUUGAAUUGUACAAUGAGACAUGAAAUAUGUAUGUGAAAUAAUUUAUGUAUGCACUCAAACGAUUUCAAAUAAAGAACAACAGUACUAUCUGA